AUGUCCCAGACGUACAUGCACUAUGCAACUUCCUCCUCUCUUCCCUCGGAUUAUGCCAUCCUAUCUCGCUAUGCCGCUGCUCGUAGUCUGGACGAAAACACUAAUACUAUCGCAUCUAACGAAGAACUCGAAGCUAAACCCUCCGACGCUUCUUCCACCCACCAGCGUCGCAGCAACUUUCCGACGCCUUUCAUCCGCCCCUUGAACCCGACCAUAGCUUCUCGUCCCGACACUUCUGUUGCACCAGUCACGCUUGCUAACGAAUUCACGCCCCUUCUUGUGCCUCGGAUUGAGGAAGAAAGUGACGACCUCCCAGGCGCAGCUGGAGAGCAUGCGCCUCGCAGCCUAUUCUGGGAGGAGCUGCGUAUUCUCAUGAAAUAUACUUUGCCAGUCUACGGAACUCAUGUUCUCGAGUAUUCGUUCGUCAUUGCGUCUGUUGUUUCACUCGGACAUCUGUCUACGACUGCUCUAGCAGCAUCCACGCUUGGAUCCAUGACCGCAAGCGUGUCAGGCUUCAGUAUUAUCCAAGGGUUUACAAGCACCCUGGAUACCAUGCUUCCCAGCGCCUGGACAUCUUCACAUCCUGAGCUCGUAGGAUUAUGGUCUCAGCGAAUGGCCGUUGUCAUGAGUAUCACUCUUAUCCCAAUCUUCGCUAUCUGGUUCAGCUCAGAAUCGAUUCUCCUUGGUCUCAGACAAGAUCCGGAGGUCGCACACCUUGCGGCGGUGUACCUCAAAUGGGUUUCGAUCGGUCUACCCGCCUAUGCUUUCAAUUGCAUAUCUCGUCGAUAUUUUCAGUCUCAAGGCUUAUUCGCUGUCCCGACCCGAGUUAUAUCCGCAAUUGCACCCAUCAAUGCGCUUCUGAACUAUCUUCUUGUCUGGGGACCCAAGCCUAUUUCUCUAGGCUUCAUCGGUGCUCCGAUUGCGACCGCAAUCUCGUUUAAUCUGGUUUCUCUGGUAUCCAUAGCUUACGGUGUCUGGUUUGUCCCGCGAACGGCUUGGCAUCCUCUGUCUCGUCGCAGUUUUACAAAUCUGGGUUUACUCGUUCAGCUGGGACUUGCCGGAGUUGGUCAAACUGCAUCUGAGUGGUGGUCUUGGGAGCUCAUUGGUCAUCGCAGCCUUGGUCCUGUCGCGCUAGCCACCCAGUCAGUCCUCUUGGUAUCAGCAUCCACCGCAUUCCAAGCCCCAUUUGCUCUGAGCGUCGCGGCUUCCGUACGAAUCGGUAAUCUACUGGGCGAACAAAAUGCGAAGCGCGCAGCAUUAACCACGCAAAUAUCUUUGCUGCUUGCACUUGCUCUCGCAGGUAUCUCCAGUACUAUCUUCCUUGUUUUUAGACACUCUUGGGGCUACCUAUUCAACAACGACCCUGCUGUCAUCGCGUUAGUGGCAUCCAUCUUACCCCUUGUUUCCCUAUUCCAAGUUUUCGACGCUCUGAGCGCCGUUACUGGAGGUGUCCUGAGAGCUAGAGGCAAGCAAUUCACAGGUGCCUUGCUUAACUUGAGUGCAUACUAUGUGAUUGGGAUUCCUUUUGGAUUAUGGCUCACGUUCAGAUGCGGGAUGAAAUUGCAAGGUUUGUGGAUCGGCCUAACAGUAUCGCUUGUCUAUUGCGCCGUUGUUGGUGUGCAUCUGUGCCUCGCCACUGAUUGGGAUGUAGAAGUGAGGAAAGUUAUGGAUCGCUUAGCAAUGGACAAACAAGGACAUCAGGACAUUGAACAGUCUUCGCAUUCCUGAUGACUUGUGCGCUUUCGAUGAUCUUUUUUUGAUCUUGGUCAUAUAUCUGUAUCACGUUACAUACACUCAUAAUCCAGCAUCUCAGCACUUC